GAAAUGUCAAAUAAAUUCCAUGGAACGUCAGAAUUUGUAUUGAUAAGUAGAUUAGGCUUUGGGAUAUUUGUUCAAAGUUGUGUACGUCCUGUUUGUUAAACAAAUGUUGAAACAAUGAGUUCUGAAAACAAAUAUUCCAUAUUGCUCCCGACUUACAAUGAGAAGGAUAAUUUGCCAAUAAUCGUUUGGCUGAUCGUGAAGUAUUUGAGUGCGGAAAAUCUGAACUACGAGGUGAUCAUAAUUGAUGACGGGAGUCCUGACGGAACCCUUGACGUAGCCAAGGACUUGCAGAAGAUCUAUGGAGAAGACAAGAUUGUCCUGAGGCCGAGAGCCUCCAAACUGGGGCUGGGGACCGCCUACAUACACGGCAUCAAACACGCCACCGGCAAUUUCAUCAUUAUCAUGGACGCUGACUUCAGCCACCACCCAAAAUUCAUCCCUGAAUUCAUUAGUCUGCAGAAAAAACAUGACUACGAUGUGGUUUCCGGUACUCGCUAUGUUACAGGAGGCGGAGUAUUUGGGUGGGACUUUAAGAGGAAGCUGAUAUCCCGGACAGCCAAUUUCCUAUCUCAGUUGCUUUUAAACAUUUCCUCCUCCGACUUGACCGGGUCAUUCCGUUUAUAUAAAAAGGACGUUCUGCAGAAACUCAUUGAUGGCUGUGUGUCGAAGGGUUACGUUUUCCAAAUGGAGAUGUUGGUGAGAGCCAGACAGUAUGGAUACACGGUCGGUGAAGUGCCUAUAACUUUUGUAGAUCGACUCUAUGGCGAGUCGAAACUGGGCGGGACUGAGAUUAUACAAUUCGCCAAGAAUUUGUUGUAUUUAUUCGCGACCACGUAAUAUCAAUUGCAUUUGUUUUUUGUUUAGAGUCACAAAUAAAUAAUUAUAUUUUCGUGA